AAAACAGUAUUUUUCUCUCUCUCUCUCUCUCCUUCUCUGUCUCUCCUCUUUCUCUCUCCUCGCAGUUUCGUUUAGAAGAAGAAAGAAAGAAAAAGAAAGGCGAAAUCUGCAAGGAGGAAAAAGAUUUGUGGUUGUGUGUGUCUUCUCUGCGAUUAAUAAUAAUCUUUAAAAAAAAAUGGGAAAGCUUCUGUGUGAUUCGACGGCGACAUUUCAAUCUCCAUCACCCACCGUUCCGUGGAGGGAACCGCCAACAGCCGCCGUAUCUCUCGAUGACGUGGAUCUUGUUGACCAAUCCGCGGCGGCUGCGGCGGUGGAGGCCGUCGAGAAGACGAUGGCCGCCGCCACAACAACCACCGCUUGGGAUGAGGUUUUCGGUCUGGAGGAGCAGCAAAGACGGCACCUUCAGCGGCUGCACGCGAGGGGUGUGCUUUGGAAGCAUCCCGGAAAAGAGGAAUCCUCCGUGCCGCCUGUCGUUUUCCGUCUCUCUCACGGCGGAGAGGUCUCCUCCGACGGGAACUGCCUCUUCACCGCGUCACAGAAGGCCAUGGAGGCGCGUGGGAUCGACGCGCGAGAUUUACGGCGGCGUACGGUGCGGAGGUUCCUGGAGGACUUCGGAUCCGCGAGCGAGGGAGAGAAGGAGGUUAUCACGGAAGCGAUUAGGCAUAUGUACUCGCCGGAUCUGAAGACUGGGUGGGGGAUUCAUAUCGUUCAGGAAGAGAAGUUGCUCGCCAAAAAAGACGAGCGUGAGAUUCUUGAUUCCGCCAUUGAAGAGCUUAUGCAGAUUGGAAUGCAGAGAGAAACCGCUGCAGAGUCGAUCUACAGAGAGAGGUGUAUUCCGGUGAAUGAUGGACUUAGUUGGGCUAAGUACAUGUCGAUUUCAGGUUCAUCAGAAGAUGAGCAUGAUAUCAUCACCUUGCAGUAUACCGAAGAUGGUUUGUUAUCUGUAGAUGAGAACCGACUAGGACAUGCUGCUGCUUUUGGGGAUGACAUAGCUAUUGAAUGUCUUGCCACAGAGUUUAAACGAGAAAUCUAUGUGGUGCAAGCGCACGGAUCAGAUGGGAUGGUUGAGGAAGAGAAUUGUGUGUUCUUCCUUCCUCACAAACCAAGAAGCGAAGUCAUUGAAUUCCCAGUCUUUUUAUUCAUGAAAGGGACAGGUUGGUGUGGUGGUGGAGCAGAUCAUUACGAGCCCUUGAUCGCGAAUCCAUCUCCGAUGAUAUCCCAUGAGAAAGUCGCCCUCGUUCUAUGAUUUUUGAGCUUCUUCAAAUUCAAUAGUUUUUGAGGGUUUUUGGUAGUUGUAUUUUUGUGCUGGAGGUAGAAUCAAAUCAUGUUAGGGAGAGAGAUGAAAAUUUGUGCAGGUUAUUGGCCUGCUGAGUUAAAGCUGCUUAUUAUCAUUGUAGUGUUUGAGAGGGGUAUUGAUUUUUUGUUCGUUAUUGGGGAAGAAAACGGGAAAUUUCUGUCUUUUUCAGAGUUGAGAGAAGCUGUAAAAGUGUGAACUCAUAAGUUUUCCUGAGCAAAUUUUGUUUUGAUUACUUUUAAA